CCUAUCCCCAAUGCAACGACUGUCAUCUGCCUCUGCACUGAGCAGCACAGUCAAGAUAGAUAGAGAGAGAGAGAGAGAGAGAGAGAGAGAGAGAGAGAGAGAGAGAGAGAGAGAGAGAGAGCAUGAAAGCUCCAUAGAUAUGGCAUGAAAGGUUGGACCUUUACUGGAGAGAGCCGAGCAAGUGGAGCAGCAGGGGAAGUGAACAAUGGAGUGUGUCUUUGGAGUUAGGAACUUCUCGGUGGCAAUGGCGGGAGCCCCUUCUUGCCCUGCUUCGAGUUGGUUCGAUUGCCGGAGAAGACCGGUCAGGACGUGGAGGAGAGCGGCGUUCCGGAGGUGCAGAGUGGAGGCGGGUGUUGCCAAAGGCGAUAGCUGCGUGGCCCUCGAAGAAGGGGCAUUUGCCGAUGGGGAGGAUUACAUUAAGGCCGGUGGGUCGGAGCUCUACUUUGUGCAAAUGCAGCAGAACAAGACCAUGGAAAAGCAGUCGAGAAUCUCCGAUAAGUUACUACCGAUACCAGUUGGAAGUGAUGUUUUGGAUUUGGUGGUGAUUGGCUGUGGUCCAGCCGGGCUUGCCCUGGCAGCAGAAUCGGCCAAAUUAGGUCUGAAGGUUGGCCUGAUCGGUCCUGAUCUCCCAUUCACGAACAACUAUGGCGUAUGGGAGGAUGAAUUUAAAGAUCUCGGGCUUGCAAAAUGUAUCGAGCAUGUGUGGCAGGACACUAUAGUAUACCUUGAUGACAGUGAACCCAUUAUGAUUGGUCGUGCAUACGGACGAGUCAGCCGCCACCUGCUUCACGAAGAGUUAUUGCAAAGGUGUGUCGAGGCAGGUGUUUCAUAUCUCAACUCGAAAGUGGAGAGCAUCGUUGAAGCAGCUGAAGGGCACAGUCUCGUUGCAUGUGAAUGCAACGUCGUUGUUCCCUGCAGGCUUGCCACUGUUGCAUCGGGAGCAGCUUCGGGAAGGCUGUUGCAGUACGAGGUAGGCGGUCCCAGAGUGUCUGUACAGACGGCUUAUGGAGUCGAGGUAGAGGUGGAAAAUAGCCCAUAUGAUCCCAGAUUGAUGGUCUUUAUGGAUUAUCGAGACUAUGUCAAGCAGAAGGUUCCCUCUCCGGAAGCAGAGUAUCCAACCUUCUUAUAUGUUAUGCCUAUGUCACCAAGUCGAGUUUUUUUCGAGGAAACAUGUCUGGCUUCAAAAGACGCAAUGCCCUUUGAUCUGCUUAAAAAGAAGCUGAUGUUGAGGCUGGAGACGAUGGGAAUUCGAAUAAAAAAAGUGCAUGAAGAGGAAUGGUCUUACAUUCCCGUGGGAGGGUCCCUACCGAACACGGAACAGAAAAAUCUUGCAUUCGGUGCUGCUGCCAGUAUGGUCCACCCAGCAACAGGUUACUCAGUGGUCAGAUCCUUGUCAGAGGCUCCUAAAUAUGCUUCCGCAAUUGCAAAUAUAAUGAGGCAGGAUCAAACGAAACCGAUGCUUAUUAAUGGAAAAAUUAGCAAGAACAUUUCAAUGCAAGCAUGGAACACCUUAUGGCCUCCAGAAAGAAAGCGGCAGAGGGCGUUUUUCCUAUUUGGGCUGGCCCUUAUUUUGCAGUUCGACAUUGAGGGAAUCCGAACAUUCUUCCACACUUUCUUCCGGUUGCCCCGCUGGAUGUGGUGGGGAUUUCUUGGGUCGACUCUAUCUUCAGCCGACCUCGUGCUGUUUGCAUUCUACAUGUUUGUUAUAGCACCAAAAGACUUGAGGAUGUGCCUCAUCAGACAUCUACUCUCAGAUCCGACGGGUUCGACUAUGAUAAGAACAUAUCUCACUAUCUAGGAUCUAGUAUUCUUCUUGAACCAUCAUGUAUAUAUAUAUCUAUCACCAUACACUAUGCCCUAUGCUUUUCCGGUUCCGUCCACGACAAUCGAACUCUCACCGAUGGAGUUUUCAUGGUGAAGAAGAUUGUCAAUGACGCAAAUUUUGGAUUAUGAUUCUGAAAGUGGCAGUAUUAUAUGUGAAAGAUGACUGGGUCAACUUGCCUUU